AUGCAAUCGUCACUGUUCACCUUCCGACAUAGGAUCGUCGAGAGCCUGCUUAUGGGAGGUCUAUUCCAAGCAUUGGCAGCCGCUGAAAACACGGUCGACGACACGUUGAAGCCACAUGCCAUACACUCAUUUUUCAUACUUACUGUAGAUACUUCUUUACCAGUACAGUAUCAUGUACGGCGAGUGCGAGAUGGUCGAUCGUUCUGUACUCGUACGGUUGAAGCAGUGCAAUCUGGAAAAAUCGUGUUUACUAUGCAAGUCUCAUUCCAUGUGGUAAGCGUGUAA